AUGGGAUUCAUUUUGAACAUCUUGGGAACUGUCAUACUGGUCGUGGCGACUACUGUCCAUGCAGCUGCAGCAAGCAAACCAGUAAUCAAUCGCCAAAAUGUCGUCCGUCGAUAUAACCCCAUCCGUACGAACCUAUCUACCACAACCCCCAUGCAGGUCGGCAACGGCAACUUCGCAUUCGGGGCCGACAUCACGGGUCUGCAGACAUUGCUCCCAUUUAACAUACUCUCUUCCUGGUGUUGGUGCAACGACUCUCUACCAAGAACCCCCGGCCAAACGGAACCGUCAGACUUUACCGGUCUGGACUGGUGGACGCAUGGUCGCCUUGUGAAUUAUGAUAUCCCGAACCCGGCCGAGGCAGAGAUCUCGCAGUGGCUAAUUGCCAAUCCCCAUCGGGUCAACCUUGGCCGGGCUGGGUUCCUAUACAAAGGAGACAGUAUCUCUAUUGAUGAUGUCACUGGAGUGAGUCAGAGUCUUGACCUGUAUAGCGGAAUCUUGACUUCGGAGUUCACUCUACAUGGACAAAGGGUUUCGGUUACUACUGCUGCUGACCCAUCCUCUGAUAUCGUCGCUGUUCAUGUGCAAUCGUCGCUGUUAUGGGAUGGAAGCUUGGGUGUCUUUUUCGACUACCCAUUGACCACCGGAGCCAAUAAGUUCGAGGCCCCAUUUGUGGGCAACUGGACGGUAGUAUCGGAGCAUACAACGGUCUUGAAUAACAUUACAGCAAAAGGGUGUGUCAUUAGUCACUCGCUGGGGGGUGCAACGUAUUAUAACACCAUUCAAUGGGAACAGACGGGCAAUAUAACCGGUCCGUUCAAGGGGACACACCGAUAUCUACUCCAACCCACUGGAGGGACGAAUCAGUUCACUUUUAGUACAGAGUUUUCAGCAUCCACCAGAACCAGGAUCAAGCCAUUCGCAGCUGUCAAGAAGGCCUCCACACAGUGGUGGGCUCAGUACUGGGAAUCCGGGUCAUUCGUGGAUCUGACGGAGUCGGGGUCUUCAGACGCAGAGGAACUGCAGCGACGCAUUAUUCUCUCCCAGUACCUGCUCGCCGUGAACAGUGCCGGCAAAGAUCCCCCGCAAGAGUCCGGUCUCCAGAACAAUGGCUGGUACGGCAAAUUCCACCUGGAGAUGGUUUUCUGGCAUCUGGGCCACUGGGCGCGAUCCAAUAAAUGGGAUAUACUGAAUCGUAGCCUGGGUGUGUAUGACCGGUUUCUCCCCUCGUCUAUCGAACGUGCCGAAAGGCAAGGAUACGCUGGUGCGCGACUGGGCAAGAUGAGUGAUCCGUCGGGGGCAUCGGCUCCUGGGUCGCAAAACGCGCUCCUUAUCUGGCAGCAACCGCAUCCGAUGUAUUUUGCUGAGCUAGAGUAUCGCGCGUCGCCGAGCGUGGAAACCUUGGACAAGUGGGAUCGUCUUCUGGAUGAGCUCGCGACGUGGAUGGUUUCUUAUGCGUGGUGGAAUGCGUCCACACAAGUGUAUGACCUCGGUCCGCCAAUGUAUCCAUCAUCGGAGAAUACGAGUCCUAAUUCAACAUACAAUCCGGCCUUCGAGCUGGCGUAUUGGCGGUUUGGUUUGAAAAUUGCCUCAGACUGGAAGACUCGGCAGGGCAUAUCUGUCCCUGAGUCUUGGACUCGAGUGCUCAAUAACCUUGCGUCACUUCCUAUAGUUCAUGGUGCAUAUUCUAUCUGUGCUGAUCUGCCGGAUAUGUGGAAUAGGAGCAGCUAUACAUCAGAUCAUCCCAGCCAGAUUGCCGUUUAUGGGCUCCUACCGCCAACCACGGGUGUAGAUCCAUUAACUGUGAACGCUACCAUGAAUCUCAUUGCCCAGACCUGGAACUUCACUGCCUCUUAUGGGUGGGACUUUCCGAUGCUAGCAAUGACAUCGCUCCGGUUGGAAAAUGUUGCCCAAGCUAUUGAGUACUUACUACACCCGAACUUCCAGUUUGAUGAUGUGGGUAAUCCUGUGGGAACAGUGGUUCCAACCCCGUAUUUCCCAGCCUCGUCAGCCUUGUUGCUUGCCAUUGCGAUGAUGGCUGGGGGGUGGGAUGGUAAGGAAGGAAUGCAUUUUCCCCAGAGGUGGGGUGCGAAGGUUGAGGGUUUUAAGGCGGGGAUAUGA